AUGCUUGUGAUAAGAUCAGGUGGUGCCGGGGCACUCAUUGUCAUACGGGUGAUUUGUUUUGGGGAGUGCUUCACCGCGGAAGAAUCGGCGCGAGUUUUGAUGGCUUUGUUAGACAUAACAAAGCGAUGGCAAAUUAUUCCAUACCUGAAGGUGGUUGAGGGUCCAACGGAAAUGCGUCUGAGUGACAGUCAGUGGAUACGAUUUAUUUUUUAG